GCUAUUAAGCCAAUAAGAAAUUGACACGUUGGGUGGUUCUUCAAGUUAAACCGUUGUUCGCAAAUAGCAGAAGUAAAGUACUCGAGAAGGAAUGGUUGAAUCUGUUUGAAACCAAAAUUUCCAACACAAAUUACAAGUCUCUCCCGCGCCGCGUCCGUAGAGCUUUUCCUUAACCGCUACGAUUCGCCAUCUCCGAUCGAGCCUCGCGGUAUAACUUUCACUAGCCGGACGGCGAUUCGCAUUUCCCCCGAUCUUGGGAAGAGACCGGAGGAGGAGAAAAGAACACAGAAAUGGCCGGCCGAUUCGGCUUCGGGUCAUCUGCACCGGCGAAGAUGAGAGUCACCAACACUCCUUCCACGGAUCUCGCCCUCACCAACCUCGCUUACUGCUCCGCCACCGAUCUCCACAACUUCGCCGUCCCCGGGACCAAGCUGUUCAUGGCCUUGAUCGCCGACAGAGUCGUUCUCAAUCUCUCAUAUCCUUUCGCACUUCCUCGCUGCUGCUUCAUUUCUCUAAUUUCUGCUCGUAGAUUCGAUAAUCCGUAUCUUCUGCUCAAUGAAAAUUGAUCGGCGAUAUUGAUUUUUCGGUCGAGUGAAUUUGGCCCCAUCUGAUUUUUGGUUGUAGAAUGGGAAUUUGCUCAGUUGAAGCUAUUAGGGAAUCGAUUUUUCAGCUCCUUCUUCAUUUGUGUGCCGAUUCUAUUCUCUGAUGUGUUAAUGGUGAUGGCAUUCUUUGUUGUGUAUUGUCGUGGUUUUGUGUUCUUUCAACCUAUGUUUGUGGCCUUAACCAAGAAUUACGCCCCAUCAGAGCAUUCAGAGUGAGCAUAUUGCGCUGAAUGCUGUUCAGCGUCGGCAUAUUCAAGUUUCUUCCGGCGAUGAAGUGUCGAUCACCAGGUGAUUACUGAUUACUCCUUUGCAUUUUCUCUCUGUGGCGCAUUUGGAUUUUUUUUUUUUUUUUUUUUUUGUUAUUUAUUGUUCUUUGGGUAUCUUGCUUAUAGGUUUAUUCCUCCUGAGGACUUCAACCUUGCAUUGCUUUCACUUGAGCUGGAAUUUGUGAAGAAGGGAGCCACUAGAACUGAACAGGUAAAGCGCAUUGGUGCCUAUUUUUUCGUUUUAAGCAUGGGUAAUGGUUGGCAAGUAUCCUAUUGCUUUAUGCAGCUUAAUUGGAUUAGCAUGGGUUCAUACUUGUAGGUUGAUGCUGCUGUGCUCUCAAAUCAGCUUAAGAAAAGAUUUAUGAACCAGAUUAUGACUUCAGGGCAAAGAGUCACAUUUGAGUAUCAUGGGACAAACUACAUUUUUACCGUUAAUCAAGCCACUGUGGAGGGCCAAGAUAAAUCUGGGGAUGUAGAAAGAGGGAUGAUAGCUGCUGACACGUACUUCAUUUUUGAAGCACCAACUGCUAGUGGCAUAAAGAUCGUUAAUCAACGUGAAGCAGCCAGUAGCAAUAUCUUUAGGCAUAAGGAGUUCAAUCUGGAGAAACUUGGCAUUGGGGGCUUGGGUGCAGAGUUUGCAGAUAUAUUUCGAAGAGCUUUCGCAUCUCGUGUUUUUCCACCUCAUGUGAUAAGCAAGUUGGGGAUUAAGCAUGUGAAAGGCAUGCUGCUUUAUGGACCUCCUGGUACUGGGAAAACUUUGAUGGCUCGUCAGAUUGGGAAAAUGCUGAACGGAAAGGAACCUAAGAUUGUUAAUGGUCCAGAAGUCCUCAGCAAAUUUGUUGGUGAAACUGAAAAGAACGUCAGAGAUCUGUUUGCAGACGCUGAAAAUGACCAAAGGAUGCACGGAGAUCAAAGUGAACUGCACGUGAUCAUCUUUGAUGAAAUUGAUGCUAUAUGCAAGUCAAGAGGAUCAACAAGAGAUGGCACAGGAGUUCAUGACAGCAUCGUAAACCAGUUGCUUACAAAGAUCGAUGGUGUGGAGGCACUGAAUAAUGUUUUGCUUAUUGGAAUGACCAAUAGAAAGGAUUUGCUUGAUGAAGCACUUAUGAGACCAGGCCGGCUGGAGGUUCAAGUUGAGAUUAGCCUUCCUGAUGAAAAUGGUCGUCUUCAGAUUCUUCAAAUUCAUACAAACAAAAUGAAGGAGACCUCUUUUCUUGCUCCUGAUGUGAACCUUAUGGAGCUUGCUGCUCGCACAAAGAACUAUAGUGGUGCAGAACUUGAAGGUGUCGUAAAAAGUGCUGUGUCAUUUGCCUUGAAUAGACAAUUAAGUCUGGACGACUUGACCAAGACAGUUGAUGAAGAGAGUAUCAAAGUCACAAUGGACGAUUUCUUGCAAGCGCUCCAUGAUAUUGUUCCUGCGUUUGGAGCUUCCACUGAUGAUCUUGAGCGGUGCAGGCUCAAUGGUAUGGUGGACUGUGGCAAACGGCAUCAGCAUAUAUAUCAAAGGGCUAUGCUGUUGGUGGAGCAAGUCAAAGUCAGCAAAGGAAGUCCGCUUGUUACCUGUCUUAUGGAAGGCAGUAGUGGCAGUGGUAAAACUGCGUUGGCAGCAACUGUUGGCAUCGACAGCGAUUUCCCUUAUGUCAAAAUAGUCUCAGCUGAAACAAUGACUGGCCUCCAUGAAAGCACCAAGUGUGCACACAUUGUCAAGGUCUUUGAAGACGCUUACAAAUCACCACUAAGCAUCAUAAUCCUCGAUGACAUCGAGAGAUUGCUGGAGUAUGUAGCUAUUGGUCCUCGUUUCUCAAACAUUAUUUGUCAGACCCUUCUGGUCUUGCUCAAACGUCUUCCUCCCAAGGGAAAGAAACUCCUAGUGUUUGGGACAACCAGUGAGGUGGAGUUCUUGGACUCGAUCGGCUUCUGCAAUGCAUUCUCCAUAACUCACCACAUCCCAACUCUCAAGACCGACGACGCCAAGAAGGUGCUGCAACAACUCAACGUAUUCGCCCCACAGGACAUCGAUGCAGCGGCAGAAGCAGUGAACGAUAUGCCCAUCAAGAAGCUGUACAUGUUGAUCGAGAUGGCAGCACAAGGCGAGCAUGGUGGAUCGUCGGAAGCUAUCUACUCCGGCAAAGAGAAGAUCAAGUUCAAUCACUUCGUCGACUGCCUCCAAGACGUUAUCCGAUACUGAGUGAGGACCAUGUCCUUGUGACAUUGUACUUUUGACCAUGUUCUUGUCUUCAUUUUUGGAAUUUGUUUGGAUGCCUGGUUUGUCCAUCUCUAUAGGCUUUUUGCGAUGAAACUAGAACAUGUAACCCGAGUUUAUUGCACUAUUUCGACUAGUAAGGAAUCACUGCUAGUGCUACACAAUUUUUUUUUUUUAAGUUACAAAUGAUUUUUGUCUCGUUGGUUUGAUAUUUGUAGAAUUCAUGUGUUACGCAUUUGAUUAUUUCAACCACAAAUUAGGUUUCGAGCACUCGUUUCUUUUGUAGUCUUUAUGUUUGAUUCUAAUAUCAAGAAACUUGUCAAUGAAGC